CAAGAAAUGAAUGACAAAGCAGUGUUGUUCCGAGUUGGUUGUGAGUGACAUUGAUGUUCUCAUUGAUAUCAUCGAAGCCUCAGUGUUAAAAUCAGUGUUCCUCCUUUAUCACAGCGCCGUUUUAGCUCAGAAGCCAGAAAAUUCGAUUUUUGAUUCGUGGGGUUGGUUCCAAAUGGCGUCGUUCACGGUCCCUUGCCCCAAGUGCGUUCCUUUUGCUCGUUUGGGACUGAACUCUCAGACCCAGCAACGGAACGCGCCAAUGGUCUCGUAUGGGAGCGGGUUGGCCUUGAAGACAUCACUGUCAUUUGGAUCUUCGAAUGCACCAAAUGGGAUUCAGUGCCUUAACAGGAAGCAAUUUUCUGUCUUGAAGUAUCAAGCAAAAACAAAUGAGGCCGUUACUGUUGAAAAUUCUGCACCUGUACAGGUCAAUAGACCUAAAGUUGCUUCACCAGAAGAGAAAGUUGACCAUAAUGGAAAACCCUCUGGUCCAAGCACUUCCGUUGAUGCAUCUUCAAUUUCUGCAUUUAUGAAUCAAGUUGCAGAUCUUGUUAAACUUGUGGACUCUAGAGAUAUUAUGGAGCUUGAACUUAAACAAGCAGACUGUGAGCUCGUGAUAAGAAAAAAGGAAGCAUUACAGCCUCCACCAGCUACUGUUAUGGCUCCAGUGUCACAACCAUAUCCAUAUCCCACACAUCCUAUGCCGGUACCACCACCACCCGUUGCUGCUUCCGCUCCUGCAAGCCCUCCACCUUCAAAAGCCUUACCUGCUCCUGGAAAAGAAAGCACAUCAUCUCAUCCACCGCUGAAAAGUCCAAUGGCUGGAACCUUUUAUCGAAGUCCAGCGCCUGGCGAACCUCCAUUUGUCAAGGUUGGAGAUAAAGUGCAGAAAGGGCAGGUCGUUUGCAUUAUCGAGGCUAUGAAAUUAAUGAAUGAAAUUGAAGCUGAUCACGCAGGAACAAUAACCGAGGUAAUAGCUCAGGAUGGUAAAGCAGUCAGUUUAGACACGCCUCUUUUUGUAAUUGUACCAUGAAGUACCAGAACUUCGAAGUUGAUGGAAACUUCCCUUGUUGGAAAACAUGCCACAAGAUUCUUAUAAUGACCCGAGUUUUUCAUUAUUCAAAUUUCUUAUGCUAUAAUGUUCGUCCUAUUUUAGGAAUUCCUUCUUUAAAAAGACAACCAAGGCAUAAAGCCCUAGCAUAUCAAAAGGAAUAUUGGAACUUGUAGUUCUAAACAGUUUUGUUUUUUGUAGUGUUAUAAACCUUAUGCAUCUGGUUUCUCAAGGA